AUGUUCAGACUUACAACAACUUCUCGCAUCGCCCGACCCACGCCAUCGGCCCUUUUGGUCUUGGGCAUCGCAAGCUUCGUUGCGGGCUCAGGUUUUGAUGGCACAAACAAUGUAGCUCUUUACUGGGGGCAGAACUCCUUCGGUCAGGGGUUUGGCGAGAAUGCACAGCAGCCGCUUGCCACGUAUUGUGCCACCAGCAAUGCGGACAUCAUUCCAAUGGCAUUUUUGGUUCAAAUGACCACCGGCCAAGGGCAGCAACCUGUCCUCAACUUUGCUAACAUACAGGAUGGAUGUCCUUUGUUCCCAGGCACUCAACUGAUUGACUGUUCACAGAUAGGCGAGGAUAUCAAAACCUGCCAACAAGAAUUCAACAAAACUAUACUUCUCUCCAUCGGCGGCGCAACAUACACCGAAGGCGGUUUCCCGAGUCCGGAGGCUGCCAUCCAAGCAGCAAAUCUUCUCUGGGCUACAUUUGAUGCUGCCGCGAGCAUUUCCCCCGACCUUUCUGCUAGGGACGAUGCGCCAUUGCGCCCUUUCGGCGACGCAGUCAUUGACGGCUUCGAUCUCGACUUUGAGAGUUAUGUUCAGAAUACGGUCCCGUUCGCAAACCAACUCCGCACGCUCAUGGAUGCUGACAAUCUGAAAAAAUAUUACAUGACGGUGGCGCCACAAUGUCCCUAUCCUGACGCCGCCGUAGGCAGCAUGCUCGAUGGCGGCGUGAAAUUCGAUGCCGUCUUCGUCCAAUUCUACAACAACUACUGCGGCGUGCAGAACUUCGUCCCCGAUAGCCUCAUUCAGAACAACUUCAACUUCCAGACAUGGGACCAAUGGGCCAAGACCGGCUCCGCGAAUCCAGAUGUGAAGAUCUUUCUCGGUGUGCCCAGCGGACAGACCGGGGCGGGCAGCGGCUACAAGGAACCUGCUGCGCUGGCAUCAGUCAUACAAUACAGUAUGACGUUCUCCAGCUUUGGUGGUGUGAUGAUGUGGGACGCGAGUCAAGCACAUGCCAACGUUGGAUUUUUGGAUGGCGUCAAGGCGAGCAUGAGCCAACCUGUGGUGACGAUGAGCCAACCUUUAAUACCAGAAGGGGCGGCGAGGAGAAAAGCACGCAGGGUGCGUCGAUCUGGUCGGGACGGGAUAAUUGUAUGUGUGGAUACUGUUUGUUAG